AUGCAAAUCGCGAAAAAAUACUUAUCAGAAGGCCUGAUUCAGUUAACGAUCUUACUCAGUUUGAUUGGAGUUCGUGUGGAUAUCGACAGCUACUUAGGCGGCUAUUAUACGCCUCUGAUAGAGAUUAAUUUGGGUCCUAGCUCAGCCUACACUCAAACACCCUUUCAUAAUUUGAGAGACAAUCUUGACGGAUACAGUGUGCACCCAAAAUGUCCUGAGUUGGACUAUUUCUUUGCAAGUCGCCGGCUGCUAGACGAGGUGAGGACCCUUGGCUCACCACGGUUCCCCACACAGUUGAACGCAUGGCUGGUGCACCAAGUGUCUGCCACUGACAAGGCUGACUGCGGGCCUUCAACCAGCAACAACACUGACACCAGCUCAGGGGUACACAACCCCGGGGAUGAGGCCCGGGAUGAGAGUGAACACCUGCCUGAGAGAGGCCAAGAGGUGUGCCAAACAUCCCCAGACCUCGGACCAAGGCCUUGUAGCCCUGGAGCCUGCGGGUUUCUAAAAAAGGAGGAGGAUGUUAAAGUUAAAGAGGAGGAAGACCCCACCCCUCUCACUCAGCUGGCUCACAGUUCCACACUGGAGCAAGAGAGUCUGCUUGAAGGCAUCACUGCUCUGUCUGAUCCAGCACGCCAGCAUCCUCCUACCAUUGAUAUAGAACAGCACUGGAGCAAUUUACUCUCUCUUACCGACCUUGAUGACUUGGACUCGCUUGUCACGGAGCGUCUGUCAGACCUCGACUCAGACAUCUCCAGUGCCAUCAGCCAAGAUGUCAGCUUGCAUGACGCUAUGGUCACCAGUGCUGGAGUGUUUGGCGUGGCAUCUGAAAGAGCUGAGUCCAGGCCAGUCACCCAGCAACAGAGAACCCUCUUCCGACUGGAAUCCACGGGCUCCACACAAACAGACGCAUCACCAGGGAUGGCAAUGGGCCUGGCUGCGCUCCCCUUUGCUUCAGUAUGUAAUUUAACUGGCAAUGGGAAUAGUGCACUGAGUGGCUGUCUGGACGAGGCCGUGUUUGACCAGAUCAAUCAGCUAGGGCUGGAAGGCCUGGACACCCAGCUGAUGGGCUCUCUGGAGGGCAUAGACCCUCAGGUCCUCGAGGACUUGGACUCCGACUCAGGUCUCUCUUUGGAGAGCAGCUCUGGAGGCCCUGUCUCCCCAGGCUCCUCCGAGAUGUCAUCGUCUUCCAGUUCAUACUGUGAGGAUGAGUGUGGAGCCACAGGCUACAGCAGUGAGGUGGAUUCAGUCGCUUCAAAAGGCAUCAUCGACUACGACACAACAUGGUCACCUGUAGAUCUGAGUGAGAGUGUUUGGCAUGACCACAGCUACUCAUCCCCAGCUUUCUUCAACCAGCCACCAGUACCAUUUCCUCACAAAGGGAUCAAAGAGGAGCCCUUCAGCGAUGUUGAGGAUGACGAGCCACGGUUCCACGACAGAGAGAUGAGUCGCGAUGAGAUGCGCGCCCGUUCUAUGUGCAUCCCGUUCUCCGUCCUGCAGAUUGUUAACAUGCCAGUGGAGGAGUUCCUGGAGGUCCUCGACAGUCACGGCUUCACCACUGAUCAGGUGACCCUACUGAGGGAUAUCCGCAGACGAGGAAAAAACAAGUUGGCAGCGCAAAACUGCAGGAAGCGCAAACUAGAUGCCAUCACAGGGCUACAGGAGGAGGUGGAGAUGUUGCAUGCUCAGAGAAACAAGCUACUGAGGGAGAAACAGCUCACAGCCAAGACAAUGGGUGCUGUGGGCCAGCAGAUAAAGCAGCUGACCAGGGACCUCGUGGCCCGGCUGAGGGACGACUCAGGGCGGCCCCUGAACCCAGAAAGAUUCACCCUGCAGUGCGGGGCUAAUGGGAGGGUUGUAGUUCAGCCUGUAAGACGGCCGGCUGUCUCCACAACAACAGGCAACAAAACAGACAAGAGGAAGAAGGAGAAAAAGCAAUGAUGCAAUAUUGCCACUGAAACUUGAACUUUUAGGUUUUUGGAUAUUUCUGAACUUACUUUGCCUGACUAUGGUUUUGGGAUCUCCUCUUUUCAAAAAGUGUGUGUGGAUUCACCGCUGUUGGGAGCCUAAAUUGGCAAAAGCUGCGAACAGGAAAGAAUACUCAGAACAUCAAUAAAUAAAAAAAUCUCUGUAAAUAAAAUUUCUCUUGGGGAAAAAUGUAGCUUACACACUGGACAUUUUUGCUUAUUCAACAUGGACACGGCACACGGGGCAGUUUAAGGGAUAAGCUGAACUGCUGCCAGUGCCACCAGUCUCUUUGUGCCUGUUAACAUUAAAGUCACUGAGUCCUAGCGUUUUUACAAACAGACGUAGACAAGCAGACAUCUGAAGUCAACAUGGCCAGCAGUGUGUGACACUUACUGGAUAGAGAUCUCGGAGGAGGAUUUGUUUGUUUCCAUGUAAUCUUGCCUCUCAAUGUAUUGUUCAGUAUAAAAAAAGAGGUUGAAGAUUGUAUUUAUUAAAGUUUCUGAAAUGCUUAUAUGCAUCAUGAGACUGUCGAUGGCAGUAUCUUUUUUUUCUUAACGGUAAGGUUAUCUCAAAGUGGUAAAAUAUUGGGACAUUGCCUAUCUAAAGUUUACAGAUUUGUUUCAGAUAUUUGAGGGCAUGUUAUGUUCAGUAUAAAUGUAUACUGAAAUGUUGUUUUCCUUAUGUCUUGAUGACAUACAAUAUACCAAUGAUUAAACUAACAUGGCCUUAAUUUGCAUUGGAUAAGUGUUUUGGUUAUUGUGUGUGCACACAAUCCACAAAUGCACAUAAUCAUAACAAAAAUGUUUUUAAGUGGCUACCAUCCUAUUUUUUUUAUAUUAAUGUUGAAUAAUUUGUUUCAAGCACAUAUUUUGCAUAACAAUUUCAUUUAAAUUACUUAAGCGUUUUGGAAAGAUUAUAUUCUACCUCACGCCUUAGUUGGUUUUAGAUUUUGGAUUUAAAAAGAUAUCCCUUUUUUAAGGGAGCCUAAAUGAACUCAUUACACCUUUUUUAUUUGAGUGGGCCUAAUAAAUGGACCCUAACCAUCCCAUAUCUGGAAAAAAGAAAAUUACAAUCACCAACUAUUUAAUGACUGAAUGUUGUUUGGAUGUUGCUUUUUUAUUUGAGAUUAUCUGAGAGUUGAAGAAAGUAUUUAGUGAAGUUGCCAUCUUAUUCAUGGAAAACAUCUUUAUACAGUCAGCUGAGUGAGUGAGCGUUGACCAGAGAAAAAAAAGUGAUAGUGCAACUCAUGAAGAAUUUUGUUUCUGGUCCCUCACAAAUGUGUAUUUAAUUUUCUGGUUUGACCAAGAGUUUACUUUUGUUUGUAUACAUUUUAAACUGUUUUUCUUUGUUGAUGAGGGCAAAUGUGUUUGAUUGCAUGGUGAUUGUUGACUGUUUAUAGUAUGAUUUUGCUUAGGGAAUUUGAAAUGCUCUUGCUGACCUUGUUUUUUCUGAUUAAAAAGAAAAAAAACA